AUGAGACUGCCUGAUACAAUCAGAUCGCGGAUGAUAAUACCUGUAUCAAAGAACACUUACUUUAACACAAAAUGGACUCCGGUUUCUGCCCCGCUGUGUGCCUAUGACAUGCUGUUUCAUCCACCUGACUACAAUCCUAAAUCUUCAAGGUCGGAUCGUCAAGAACCAAAAAUCAUAAGGCGAAAUAUUUGGCAACAAGAGACAAAGAAGACAAUAGCUUCUACAAUUCACUUACAAUAUGGACGGCCUGCGUGGAAACCUUUUGACCUACCCACUAAACUAUUCGUUAGAUCUCAAGUCAAGAACGAGAACCCCCACAUGCGCAUACACCAUGCGUUAAAAUGGGCUACAAUACUUUGCGAUGGAAAACCAAGCCUCUGUGAUUAA